CUUGAUUCAAGUCGCGUCGAUUGGCUGCCGUCCAGUGACGUCACACGCUCGUUACGGCCAUUCACAACAAUAAACCUGACAGCGACGCGUGGGGAGCGAUCAUUUAUGAACAUCUCACAGCUCAUCGACGUCUCUUCCUGACGCGAACGCGAUGUCAAACUCGGGCGGCCGUCGACUGAAGCAGUGGCUGAUUGAGCAGAUCCAGAGCGGACAGUAUUCUGGGCUCCAGUGGGAGGACGGAAAUCGAAUCAUGUUCCGAAUUCCAUGGAAACACGCGGGGAAACAGGACUACAACCAAGAAGUAGACGCAUCUAUUUUUAAGGCAUGGGCUGUAUUCAAGGGCAAAUUCAAGGAAGGCGACAAGGCCGAGCCGGCAACUUGGAAGACCCGACUGCGUUGCGCUCUCAAUAAAAGUCCCGACUUCGAGGAGGUGACAGAAAGGUCUCAGCUGGACAUCUCGGAGCCUUAUAAAGUCUACCGAAUCGUGCCCGACGACGAGCAGAAACUUGGAAAAAGCUCCUCCGUGAUGCCGAUGGCAGCCGCCGGCAGUUCUGGCGAAAUGACCGACAUGGACUGCAGUCCGGCAGACAUAGACGGGCUCACGAAAGAAGAAGAAGGCUGCAGGAUCCAGGCCAGUCCCGAGUAUUGGCCUCAGACAGCCAGCGCCUUCUCACUGCAUCAGGACCCGUUACCGUCUGGCACUUUCAGCUCCGCUUUCUCCCAAAUGAUGAUCUUCUUCUACUACGGAGGCAAGCUGAUGAACAACACGCUGGUGAGCCACCCCGAAGGCUGUCGCAUCUCGCCGGCCCAGCAGCACGUGGGACGCGGCGGCCCCUACUGCUCGGACAGCAUGCAGAGCGUUUACUUCCCCUCGGCCGAGCUCAUCGAGUUCGAACGGCAGCGCCACGUGACCCACAAGCUCCUGGGCCACUUGGAGCGAGGCCUCCUGCUGCGGGCCAACCAGGAGGGCAUUUUCAUCAAGAGGCUGUGCCAGAGUCGAGUCUUUUGGAGCGGACUGGCCGACGUCGGCUCGCAUUACAGCCCGGCGCCUUGUAAACUGGAGAGGGACGCCGUGGUGAAGAUUUUUGACACUGGGAAGUUUCUUCACGCAUUGCAGCUGCACCAGGAAGGUCACCUUCCAGCUCCGGAUCCAACUGUGACUUUAUGUUUUGGAGAGGAGCUUCAUGACCUCGGCGCCGCCAAGAACAAGCUCAUCAUCGUGCAGAUCACGGUGGUGAAGUGCCAGCAGCUGCUGGAUGCGGUGAAUAUGCGCCGCUCGCAGUCGUACUGCGCCAACAUGGAGCUCUGCGACGACGUCUCCGCGGAGCAGAUGGCCAACAUCUACCAGGACCUGUGCGGCUACAGUUGCCCGCAGAGGUCCGCCUGCUACAGGGACAACAUGCCCAUCACCGCCUGAAGAGGCAAUUGGAGCGCAUAGGAACGUCUGCUGUUUGGGUCAUAUUCUCCGACUUUGAGUUUCUUCAGAAUGUUAAAACAUGUCCAUCGUUUUGUACAGUGUUGCUUUUUGUAUUAUAUACAAGAAGUGAAGGGAAAACUUAGUGUGCCAAACGUCUUCCUUGUUAUCCCCACAGGACUGGAAUAUGAUUUUUUUAUUUUUAUUUUUAAAAAAGUACACUUAAACCGGCACUCGCUGACCAUAACAUGUACACCUUUGCAAUCUAAUGAGAUCAAAUGCAAGCCUAACUUUUUUUUUUAUUACUCGAGUUAACUUUAUUGAUAGCGCACUUAAAAAAAUGCAAGUGCUGUACAUUUAUGAAACCAAAGAUAAAACACAAAUAAUAGUAAUAAUGACUAGAAUUGUGUCCAAAGUGCAUCUUUUGGCCAAACUGCCGCACUCCUUUUGAAGGUAAUGCUCACAUUGGAUUGUCAGAGAAACAUUUCUUAAACAAUAUGUAUGAAAUAUUGUAUGGAAGUGCACUUCAUUGUACUAAGAUAUUUGUUUUAUUGUCGCUUUUAGAUCCUUUCGAGCAGGGGUGUCAAACUAAUCUCUGUCACGGGCCACAAUGUUGUUCUGGUUUCCAUCAGAGGGCCGUUAUGAUGACUGACACCAUAAAAGCAUGUCAUCGCCUCAUCAUAUUUACACAUGAAAUUUAUGAACUAAUUUGGAAUCAGUAAUCGAGGGAAAUGGGGUUUUCAACUAUUGUUCUUGUUUGGUAACAAAAAAUGCAUUAUGAUAUCUGACAAUUUGAAACUUUUGGAGCACAUUUUCACAAGAAUCCUGGAAUUUGAUACUAGAGUUGGCUUGGCGGGCCACGUAGAAUCCCGCGACGGACCGGAUCUGGCCCCCGGGCCUUGAGUUUGACACCUGUGCUUUAGCGUUUUCCACAAAUCUGACAACAAAUAGUUUUGGUCUCACGUGAACACAAACACACACACAUAAGUUUCAUUUACUGAAUGAAGGAAUUCCUGAAUAGAUGUUGUGAAGAUGCUGCGCAUUGAAUCUAAAAUGGGAAUUUUUCUGGACUGACUCCAUAUUUGCAUUUUUCGGUUUCAUUUUUGUUACUGUGAUUUCGGUGCGUUGGCAUAUUAGAGAUAGGUUUUACUAUCAUUCAAUUUUUUUGUUUUCAUUUUAUAAUAUUUUCUAUUAAAAUCACAUUUUCAAGAAACCACCUGUUUUUUUUUCUUCCAGUGUCAUGUUAUUUAGUAAAAAAAAUAUCCAUUGUUGUAACUGUACUGAUCC